UAUCCUAAUGCCUCAGUAUAUCUUUUCAGUUAUUUCAACCACCAAAACCAUUCCAAAUACGCAAAUAAAUUCAAACGGAAAUUCUCUUCCGUAAGCUUCAAAAUAUAGCAAACUGAUGACGUAGUAACGCAUCACUCAUGCGUAGCGAACCGGCCGUGAGCGAAUGGUACAACUAUAUCUGUAUAUCGAUAAUUUCAGGAAUUGGAAACGGUAAAACUAUACUCAGAAAGUUGACCAUGGCGGAGGACGCUCAUUUUACAACAGUCGAUAGUUUGACACCCUCCCUCGAAGCAAUAGCAAAACUUUCUCAAGAAGAACAAGCCAAUCAACUUAAAAACUUGAUUUCAAACUUACGGAAAGAAGCUCAUGAAUUGACAGACGAAAAUGAAGUAAUGAAAGACGUUAUUUUUCAGCUUGAAAAGGAUAUUGUCAGAACUGAUGAAGGAUUGAUGGGAAUGUCUUAUGGAAGUUUUGUAUUUGAAGAUAAAAUUUUAAACGAACGUUUACAACGAAUUUUGGAUCCCGAUUGCAACAAACAUGUACAGGUGGGAAUCAUUGAUAGCGAACGGUUUUCUUCAGUGGAAACACAAACACCAGGGUUAGCCCAAGUUUUACUGAAUUAUGCAGAAGAGCUCAAGGAAUUGAGACGGCUUAGGGACCAGAAUGAUGUCACAAUGUUUCCAAGUAAACCCGAAGAUCAGUGGGAGGAGAAAGAGACUCCAGAAGAAGGUUACUUCAAUGUCACUUGAAAAUAAGAUUGUCCCGUCGACUUUGGAAUAAUGUCAAUUCUAUCUUUUCUACUUGUUUUCUCCUCCGCCAUUGCCGUAGCUGGAUUUGGAGUUUUGACUUAUUUUUCCAUGAUUUCAUAACUGGUUUUUCAAUAAACUGCCUCAAUGAACGUACUUUAUUUUUAGCACGACAAUUUAUUUGCCAACAACAUCGGAAUAUAUUCAGCAGAAAUGGAGAAUUCUGAUUCUUUCACUAUUCACUUGUAAUAAAAAAAAAUAUCAAAUAACAAAAUCAAACGUUGUGUGCAGCGUCCAGUGUAAUAAGAAAGUUUCGAAGAGAAAUAACCAAAUUACGAUUGCAAAAAGCAUCGCAC